AUGUCACCAGAAAGCUCUCAAGCUUCAAAUUCUUCUUACAAAGCAUUCUACGGCGACGGAUCAACGAUGCAUGGCUGGCCCGCUCGCAGUGAAUGGAUCGAGUUGGAUCUAAUGCUGGAAGUCAAUCAGGCCUAUAUGUUAUCUUCCUGCUCACAGUACCACGUCCCUAAUAACUCCAUGGACGAGCUGCGGAAUAUGCAAGAACAGAUCUUACAGAUCGCACGUGUGAGUGGCGUCGAUGCUCGUUUCAUUCUGGCAAUUGCUCUCCAGGAAUCUGCUGGCUGUGUUAGAGUCUGUACGACGGCCAAUGGCAACUUCAAUCCAGGGCUUAUGCAAAGUCAUAACGGAGACGGAAGUUGUAAUCGGAGCCUGUGCUCGCAGAUUCCCGCUAGCAAUGUUUCGACACCCUGCGACCGCAGCGAAAUAGGUCAGAUGAUCAAGGAUGGUGUGCUGGGUACCACAUCUGGACCUGGUCUCCAGCAGCUAUUAGCAGAGCAGGGCCACCGCGAUGAUUCUCAAUGGUUCCGCGCUGCGCGCAUGUACAAUGGUGGGCAAAUCGACCCUACCCAAUUACUAGAGGAGGGUUGUUGUACGAAGAGCUAUGCAAGUGACAUUGCGAACAGACUCAAAGGGUAA